GAGAGGAUCAGCUUCGAUUUUCUUAUUAUUAUCGCCAGGCCUCAGUUGACACUUGUGCACCAUUCGAAUAUGGUCUCCUUAUUUAUUAUUCAUUCAAACGAUUAAUAAACUCGAUAUCGAUGGAGAACUCGUGAUCAUUCUUAUUAAGUUCAAACAAGUUCUUCUACACUUUUCUAAUGCAAGAUUCGAUUUAAACAAAAUUUCUUAAAAUGUGGAAAAUAUUAAAUUACAUUCUUGCGAUAAUGUUUUCCUCGAUGAUUUUCCUACCUUUGGGGGCGAACACGAGCGAAGAAAAUUGCGAUUUGCGUCAAACAAAAUUAAAUACCAGCAUCGAGUGCGAUUUCAAGGAACACGAUGAUCGUUUGGUUUGUUUUCACGGUCUGGAGGAUAAGUGGAAGACCGGAGGUGAGAACGUGCAAACUUUAGUACUUUGCUACUGGCCUUUGACAUCCUUCGAUCCUCAAGAUAUUUUACAAGGAUUUCCUUCUUUGAAAAAGCUAACAAUUAAAAAGGGAAACUUAACUAAAUUAACGUCGCCUUUUCCAAACGAGUCACGAUUGAUCGAGAAAAUAGAGAUAACUGAAACUACGUUAAAAGAACUUCCAAAGAAUACUUUUGUCAAUCUUUUAAACUUAAAGAUUAUUGAUUUUCGAAAUGAUAGCUUUCCGGAAAUGAAUGUUGAAACUUUCAAUAUUCCCUCGUUACAUCAUAUUUAUCUUUCUGGUAAUCCUCUAAAAUGCACGGAGGAUACAAAGUGGAUAUUAAACGGAGAAAAAGGUUCUUUGGGUCACAAAGUCGCUGAUAAAGCACAUUUACGUUGUACAGUGCCAUACGAUGGUAGAGCACUAAUUCCAGUUGUAGAAAUAAUCAACACGUUGAAAGAGGAAUGUACAAAGACUAUAUGUGAAUGUAAAUUAGUAUACGUGCUUGGUAACGGAGGGAAACAUAUCCAGAAGCAACUGAUGGCUUUUGUUUCGGUGAAUUGCAGCCAUCGUGGAUUAACCGAGAUGCCAAGCUUCUUACCCGCAAACACAACCACCCUUCAUUUGUCCGGAAAUAAGAUACGAGAUUUAAGACCACUUACAACGAAUCCUAUAUACAGAGGAGUAAUAGACCUUUAUCUUGAUAAUAAUACGAUUGAAUCGAUUGUUCAAUUGGAGGGUUCUAGCUGGGUAGAUCGCUUUCGAGUGCUCAGUCUUCGUGGAAACAAACUGACCGAUCUACCUACAUAUGCUUUGGAAAAUGUGUUACAACACAAUGGAAACGCAGUAAGUUUGUAUCUUGGAAAAAAUCCAUGGAGAUGCGAUUGUCUUUUUACACCAGGUUUUCAGGAUCUCCUCAUUAGGUAUAUGAACCUAGUAAAAGAUAUUAAUGAUGUCAGAUGUUCGCCUACCAAUGCAGAUGAUAAUUCUAAUAAAACUAUAAGAGAUUUGAGACGCACAGAAAUUUGUACUUCUCCGGACGAAGAAUCUGUACUUCAUCCCCUGGACAUUCUAAACAUUAUUUUAGCAAUUCUGAUAUUUUUAAUAAUUGGAAAACUGCUUUACGAUUACUGGUCUUUUAAGAAAACCGGUAAACUGCCUUGGAUCGUUGCUAAAAUACCAUAACUGAAUGAUCAUUCGUAUACGACUUCUCGGAAUUUUUUGAGGAGUCUUUUAAAAAGUAUCACGAGAACUUACUUUCAAUCUUGUUUCUUAUUUUCACAAUACUGAUGGUAUAACUCGUCAGCAGCUGCCUUCUUAGCCACGCAUUCUCUCACACCACGACCUACAUUUAUUUAAAAGGAAACCUAGUUAUAACUCAGGAAAGAACAUGGAAUAAACAAAACAAAAGAUUUAUUUAGAUUUCUAAACUAAACCUUCACUAGUAUAGCCUAAUGCAGAACAUGUAGCAACGUAAGUCAAACCCUGAUAAGUUUUUACUUUUUCCACGGAGUACGUUGGAACUGAAUCUCCUUUUUCAAGGCAGAGUUCAUAUAAUUUCCUUUGUGCUGUUUCUCUUAGAUCAUCCCCGCCUAAAU